CGCAUAGAUGCAUCUCAAAGACUUUGAAGACAUACGAGAACUGAUAGAACCAAUAGUUAUAUUUACAAAAGUCAGUAGUCAGCAGUCACAGCACUUAUGUUCACAAAUUCUAGAAAGGUGAUCAAGACAGGCUCGAACCAGAUAAUUUACACUAGUUGCAAUCUUGAAAUUGGAUGAAGUGUACUGUGUUCUAGUAUUUCGAAAUGAAGCACGGGACCCAUCACCGACCCAGUGGGCUUCAACUACAACCGCUGUACACUCUCACCCAUCGACUUGAUUGGAAAGGUAAAAAGAAAUACAAGGUUGCACAUGAUCACGGGACACUCGGCACAGUAAAAUGUACUUGCCACCAUAUCAAAGAUAUCUCCAUCCCUACACGUAUUACCAUGAAUGGUGUAUCUGUACCUUUCGGGCUUGUAUCGCUGAUUUUCGAACAUCUCAAUGCAAAGACACUGGCCGAAUGCAAGUUAGUCUGCCGAGCCUUUCGGUAUCUGGCGAGUGAUCCUUUCCUGUACACUGAGCUGCCUGGAUGGUGCACGCCUGCUCUUGAUCCUGAUACUAACACCCAAGUAUGGCGUCUCAAGAAUGUGCCUUUUCCUGUGGUGCUUGAUUUUGUUGUCCCAUUCCGGCGAUUGUACAAAUGGCAUUUUAGCCCAAACAUCGAGUAUAGCCUGCAGAAUAUGGAGACCCUCGCACUCUGUAUACCACGACUUCAGUACAUAGACGCAUCGCUUAUGGCUGACUGGAGUGACUGGCAGAUCCGACUGCUCUCAGAAUUGUGGGUGGAUCUGAAAUUUCUGCGCAUCAGCAGAUGGCUUCAGAUCGAUGUGUCCAACUUGGUGGAUUUGGAAGUGGCUUCAUCUACUACCGAGGGCGGAACAAACUUUGAUUUGAAGUCAUUAACAUUGCAAAGACUACGCCUCCCACACGUAGAAAAUGUGCUGCAGCUGCUGUUGGACUGUCCUAAUCUCCAGGAUCUCACGUUAUACCAUUCUGAUUUAGAUCAGUAUCUGACUAGCGACAGCCUGAGGAAGCUGAGUGUGUACAAAAUAUUGGUACCAGAUGCCUUGUUGAGGUGUCCCAGACUGAAUUUCUUGAGCUUAUACGACAUGGGAUCGACUGAGAGCAUGGCCAACAGUAGCACAGUCACUGUCCUAAACGUACGCGGUGGUGGUUUUUUCUCAAGUACCGUAUUGGACAAGUUCAAAAAUGUGACAUCGUUGGUGUUUGGUUGUCUCGGGUGUGGGAAUGAAGAAGGGUCAUUAGUGGAAGGAUUCGCAUCCAAAACUCUACUGAGACUGGAGAUCAUGGGUGAAUUACCACAGGUGUGCCAUCUACCAAACCUGACACAUCUCACUUCACGAAAAUACAUGCUGCCACCUGUCGCAUUCCCUGCUUUGCAGACCUUGUCUGUACCAGAUUUUUUAAAUCAAAGCAGUGUGGAGGAGACUGUCCGGCAAUGUCCCAAACUCGAACGCAUAUAUCUCCAGGCUAAUCCGUUCGACUUGGGCCUUGAAUCAUCCGUACCCCUAGACCGAGAAUGGCAAAAACUGGCGAAUUGCAAUAUUAAUAAGAAUGUCAAGUUUGUUGUAGAUGGAUGGCGCCGGGGUUCCAUGCCGCCAGCUUUUGAUCAACUUUUUCGGGAAGGCCGUGCUGGUUACAAUUCGAAUGAGACCAGAUGAUCUACGUAUAAUCAUAGUUUAUGCUCUAUCGAAUGAAUAUAGUUUAUAUACUCAACUGCUCGCGGAUAAUGUAUAUGCUUUCAAAUGAACAGAGUUGAUGUGUGGCGAGAUAAGAAAACGGGUAGGUGCACACGAUUGCAUUGUUGUAGCCUAUGGAAUCCAAAUGUUUUGUAUAGCUCAACACGAUCACGCCGUUGAUCAGUUGAAAUGAAAACAGAGCACAUUUAUAUAUAAAACAGAUUCGAACCAUGAGACUACAGAGUAAAGUUCAUUAUUAUAAAAGGUGUA